AUGAAAUUGGAGGUUUGGACAUGCCAUUCGGUUGACUCACUGUCGAUGUCAACGUCCAUGAGUCCAGUACCACCCAUCAUGGCUCACAGCCGGACCAAACCACCGAAAAAACCCGCUGUCUGGUAUCCAUCACCAGAAACUGGCCAAACCGGAAUUUGCCUACAACACACAUAA